CCAUGUUGAUGUCUGCAGCUUGCUUUCCCACGUCUCUUGCCUGAAGGAGGAUUUUCGUACAUCUGAGUUUACAAUAACUGUGAGAAAGUGAAAAUAACGUUUGUUUGUUUACUCACUGAAGGAGUUGAGAAUAUUUUCAACACAUAGGUUCAGCUGCACUUAAAGUUGCAAAUAACUUAUUCGAUUGAACCCACCGGAGCGACCAUGCGGGUAGAGGUUCAACCAUCGGGUAGCCCUCAGCCUUCAGGAGCGGCAGGUGAAAGUCCCGUGACCGUUCGGCCGUCCAAGCAGCGCUGGUACAUGCUGCUGGUCUGCUUUCUCUACUCAAUGACGCAAUCUUGUGUCUGGAACACCUUCGGUCCUAUCUCGACGACCAGCAAGGAGGUGUUCGACUGGACGGAUGCUAACAUCUCGUUGCUCAGCGCUUGCGGACCCAUUGCCUUCGUCUUAACCGGACCGGUCUUCUCGUGGAUCAUCGAAGAGAAGGGUCUGAGGGUGGCCUACCUGAUCAGCUCUACUAGCACUGCCAUAGGAACGGCCUUCAGAUGCAUAACCUUCAAAAAACCCACUGUCACCUGGCUGAUCACCAUAGGUCACCUGCUGAAUGGCCUCGGGGGUCCCAUAGCACUGUGCGGCCCCUCCGCUGUGUCCGCUUUGUGGUUUCCGUCUGGUGAGCGCACCACUGCCUUGGCCAUCGGUAUUGUCGGAGCCUACACGGGCCUGGGUCUAGCUUUUAUUAUGGGUCCAAACGUCAUCCCGGAACUGAGCAAUAAGUCAAGUGAAGCAGAUAAUGGCGAAGAAUCAUCCGAGGUGAAAAAGGCUAGAGAUGCAAUAGCAAACUACAUGUACUUCGAGGCAGGCUGGAGCGCUCUCAUCUUUAUCCUCAUUGUGUUCCAUUUCCCCUCAAAGCCUCGUCAUCCUCCUUCCGCUUCAGCUGGCAUCACGCGGGAGAAUUACUGGGAUGGAGUGAGAAAGCUGUCGAGAAACAGUCAAGCUCUGCUGGUCGUCGCCGUCUGCUCCAUGACGAUGGGAGUGGUUAAUGGGUUUGCUAGCCUGCUCAACGUCACUUUGGAGAAAGUGGACGUGUCACAGACAACAGCAGGCUGGAUCGGUUUUUAUGCCAUAGUGUCGGCGUGUUUUAUGUCACUGACUGUGGCCAGAUACGCAGAUAUGUUCACGCACUUCGUCAAAGAAGUUGCGUUCAGUCUCAUCGCGGUGGCGCUACUGGCUUUUCUUAUCUUAAAGCUUGCGUUCAUGGGCGUCAUUCCCAAGUCAUUACCAUUGUUUUAUGCAACAAUCAUAAUCGGAAUUUCGUGCAUAAAUGCGUUAAAUCCGAUAUUAAUCAACUUGGCAUGUGAGCUGGCAUAUCCGGUAGGAGAAGGUACAACGGCAUUUUUGGUGAAUCUAUCAACAAAUGUGCUUAUCCUGAUAGUCCUGCUAAUAAUGAUGAUUCCAAAUAUUGGCUCCACCUGGAUCACCUGGGCCCUCGUGGCCAUCCUGGCGGUGUCAGUACCAAUUUUGAUGCUCGUGAAGGUGACGUUCAACCGGCUGGCUGUCGACUUGCUUCACACAGUGACUUCAACAGUUUCAGAAAACUCUAAGGAGUGAUAAUGCCGCCAAAAGCCCUUGGCAAAUUGUGUGAGAGAAAACCGGUGGACAGAGUAUAUAUCUCAUCGUUGCCUCGGCGUCAAAAUAUAGUCUCCUUCGGCGAAAAAACUGUGAAGAGACUUCCCAUCUACGCUGUAACGUCAACAUAAAGUUUAUUUCUCCGAUUCAGAGUGAAAGACACUGCUAAUUCCGCACCUCCGCUAUGAUAGCUUUAGUGCAUAUGUUGCUCCUGAGGAAAACAGAGUGGCAUUUAAAGUAGAAAAAAAAAACACCAAAGAAAGUAAGUGGCGUUCUGUGGAAUAUGAACUGGUUACAAAGUUUAAUGGUGUACAACUGAAGCUGAGGCUUCGUCAAAACUGAAAUUGUCCUCUACUGGGAAAACCAGGUGUUAGAG